CACCAGUAUGGCCGCCAGUCUAGAUGAACAAUUCGUGCGGAGCUGGUAACUGUUCGCGCCGUAAGUCCCCACAAAGUUUGCUUGAACAUGAGUGUAGUGAUCCGUUUUUACUUUCGUGCAACCUGAAUUGCCUCCCUUACAAUAAUGACUGGAGAAAAGAAUGUUGUCCAUUGGUUUAGAAAAGGCCUCCGUCUGCACGAUAACCCUGCGCUCCUGGCAGGUUUGAAAAAUGCCAACACUUACAGAUGUAUUUUUAUUUUGGACCCCUGGUUCGCUGGAUCAUCCAACGUCGGGAUCAAUAAAUGGAGGUUUCUCCUUCAGUGCCUGGAGGACUUGGACACCUCGUUAAGAAAGCUAAAUUCGCGCCUCUUCGUCAUACGCGGGCAACCUGCGGACGUCCUACCACAGCUCUUCAGAGAAUGGGGCACGACAUGCUUGACCUUUGAGAAGGAUCCUGAGCCUUUUGGCAAAGUGCGUGAUGCCAACAUUGUGGCCAUUUCACGUGAGAUGGGAAUCAAUGUCAUCGUUAAAACAUCGCAUACACUAUAUAAACCUGAGAAGAUAAUCGAAAAAAAUGGUGGUAAGCCUCCCCUGACGUACAAAUCAUUCCAAAACAUUCUUAUGGGGAUGGAAUUGCCUCCUUUACCUUUAAACACUGUAACAAUGAAAGAUUUAGAGUCAAAGUACACACCGAUUUUGGAUGACCAUGAUGAAAAAUAUGGAGUACCAACCUUAGAGGAACUUGGAUUUGACACAGAAUCUUUGCAACAGCCAGUUUGGAAAGGAGGGGAAAGUGAGGCCUUAGCCAGACUAGAACACCAUUUAGAACGUAAAGCUUGGGUAGCAUCAUUUGGAAGACCAAAAAUGACCCCUCAGUCUUUAUUUCCCUCCCGGACAGGACUGUCACCCUACUUAAGAUUUGGUUGUCUUUCCUCUCGAAGAUUUUUUAUGGAAUUGAAUGAUCUCUACAGAAAGAUAAAGAAAUCUCCACCACCAUUGUCCCUCCACGGUCAGCUGCUUUGGCGAGAAUUUUACUACACUGCAGCAACUAAUAAUCCAAAAUUUGAUCAUAUGGAGGGCAAUCCUAUAUGCGUCCAGAUACCGUGGGACAAAAAUCCAGAAGCUCUUGCUAAAUGGGCCAAUGGGCAGACAGGAUAUCCGUGGAUAGAUGCCAUUAUGACACAGUUACGGACAGAAGGUUGGAUUCAUAAUGUUGCUCGGCAUGCAGUUGCUUGUUUUCUAACACGAGGAGACCUGUGGGUUUCAUGGGAAGAGGGUAUGAAGGUAUUUGAUGAGCUGCUGUUGGAUGCAGAUUGGUCUGUUAAUGCAGGAUCAUGGAUGUGGCUUUCCUGCUCCUCAUUUUUUCAGCAGUUUUUCCACUGCUACUGCCCUGUGCGGUAUGGUAGAAAAGCUGAUCCAAAUGGUGACUACAUCAGAACGUACCUGCCAGUACUUAAGAACUUUCCAACCAAAUAUAUCCAUGAGCCUUGGACUGCUCCAGAGACGGUUCAGAGAGCCUCCAAAUGUAUCAUUGGAAAGGAUUACCCAAUGCCAAUGGUAGACCAUAUGAAGCAGAGUCAGCACAACAUUGAAAGGAUGAAACAAGUCUAUCAACAACUAGCACACUACAGAGGAACAAUUCCUCCAACAAUCAAGUCACCCAAAAUUGACCAGUAUCCUCCACCACCCGAUUUUGAGAAACGACGGAACAAUAGAAACGCUGGUAAAAAUGAUAUAAGAGAUUCUAACUACAGAGUGCAAGUGCAAGCCUGACCUACGCUAGCAGCAGAUGAACAUGAAUGUUAAAGACCCAGGAACAAAUUCAGCAAGGUCUAAAUACUAAUGUUUUCUGCAAAGAAAGAACGAGACAGUAACAACAUGGUACUCUUCAUUCAGACUUGUGAGAUGUUUAAGUUUUCAAGUGUAUCUUUCAUGAAUGGAGGUAUUUAUCAUAUGAAAAGAAAAAUACUAUUUGCCUUGUUUACAGUAGACUUAUGAUUAUUCAGUUACAUUUUGUGUAAUAAAGCCAUGGCAAAUUGUGUAUGAUUUGGUGGACUACUAGAAUAAAAACAUUCUGACUCAUAAGUGAUAGAUGAAAGCAUGGGAAAUGCGGUAUCAUGUACUGUUUGGUGGUGGUUAUGGUUUGUAAAUAUACACAAGGAAAAGGGAUGAGUAUUUCUGUCCAUGUAAUUAAAAUUGCCACAGUGGAAUCGUGUGGUUUUCAUUUCUUUGUGCUUUUGGGAAAAUUCCAUGUUUUAUUUUUUAAACCACAUGAAAAAAAGCACAGAACACUUACACAAUGCUCUUUAAAGAUCCUGUAUUGCAUCAUUUCAUCAUUCAUUAAUUUUGGUUUAGCUCAUUUAUAUUUAAAUGGCAUUCCAGCUUUUGAUAUUAUUAUAAAAUAAUAUUCUCAACUUGAACACUAACUCAUAUUACAAUGGCAAUUGUCCAUCAUGGGAAAGUGAAGACUUUAUUAAAGUACAUUUAGACUAUUAUUGAGAUACACUUCCAUGCACUCUAUGAAACUGUGCACUUUUCUUUUGUGAAACCUUACAUUCUCUGAUAUAAUUUAGCACUAUAUAAUAGUUAAUCACUUCCAGCCCAUUGAUUUCAUCAUGCCACAUCAGGGUGAUUAGUGAUGUUAAUUUCUGAUGUAUUGCAGAAAAACCCAAAUAUCUACUGAUACUAAAGUGUACAAACUGUAA